CAGUAUUUAGCGGCAAUGUCGACUCACGACUACGAUUGGCUUUGUUUUUGUCAUUUUUGUAAGAUGACCGACACAGUGAAAAAAUCGAGAAUAGUAAGUGAGGAGGAGAAGGAUCUCGAGGAAUCCCUACUCGAGGAGUUUAACCUCAGACUAAAAAACUGCAUGAGCCAAGACGACCUUCAAAAAGAAGCGGAACCACCCGAGCCAGACGCCAUCUACCAAAAUAUAACGUCACCAACAAAAACCUCACCGAAAAGACACAUCGUCGACACCGACAACUUCAUCCUUAACGAAAUAAAAGCGGAAAACCACUACGAUGUGCCAAAACCAAUAAACGGUACGAACCAAAACGGACACCACGAUGAAGUAGAAGAAGAAGAAGAAGAGGAAAUUUACGAAUGUAUUCCAGAAAAGACUGAUUACUCGGACCAAAAUUACACGCGAAUGAUAGAUAAUCAUAGUAAAGAAGAAGUAGAUUUAAGUGCGAUAACAACCGUGGAGGAGUAUAUUAACAUGUCAGUACAAGAGACCUCCAAUAUUUAUGAGACUGUUGAAAUUACUACUACAAAGAAACUGAGUCCCACCCUAAACCUACCCACCACCCUUUUCACCGACUGCUCAGAAGAAAAAUCACCUGACAAGGACCAGAAAUGCUCCGCGAAAGACCGAAUGCUUCUGAGCUGCGACGAGACCUCGACGCUCUUGUUUACUCAAACGGUCACUUCGCCCAUGCUCACUCCCAGUGAGGAAAACAUCGAUUUCCUCAAAGGGUUCCAGAGGGAGAACACCAUAUCUGAGAGCACCGCGUCCAAUGCGAGUCCUCCCAAGGAGGAACCCACUGAGACCAGUCCGGAGGUCUCAGAACCCUUAUUAGAGGAGGAGAAGAACACCUCUUCGGAGAACUUUUAUGAAAACGUGCAAUUCUUCAAAAACACCACGCCUCCCAAUCAGUAUGAAAACGUGGUGAUUGUCAAUAGGGAUGUUGAAAUUGUUGAGGAGGAUCAUUGCGACAGUAGUAAUGAGGAUGUUUAUCAAAAUAUUGAGGAGGUUUUGGGUGAGGAGGUACUACGUAAAGAUGAUACUGACGAGGGAAGUUUAGAAGAGUUCAUACAGCACGAGCGAGCUGUCUCUGAAAGCUUUAUAGUCCGAAAGGAGUCACCUAAAGUUGAUGAUGAUGAGGUUGAUCGUAUUAGUAUACAAGAAGAACCCAUAGUUGAGCAAAUAAACGAGGAAUCAUGUCUAAUGGAAACUCAAACUUCUGCAGCAUUAGAAGAUGAUCCUAUUACAACAAAUGGACAUAAAACUGUCACAGAAUCCUCUAGCAAAGAGAAACUAACCACAGAAUGCUACAAAGAACUGAUCUACCAUCAUAAGUCGGAGACAACCUCGAACUAUUACGAGAAAUACACCGAGGGGUUGUCCAAGAGCUCCAAAAGUGACUCGGGAAUAAACAGGGAAAAAGAUACGGAAACCGUUCCGGCAGAGAUCGUGAAAAAUUUAAAAAGUCAAUUUUUGACUAAAGCGGCCGUGGAAGUGGUGGGGGUGGUGCACAAGGAGGGCGGUAAAAAGGAGGCGGAGACGAAGAGCGGGGCGAACAUGAUCGAUCAGAUCAAGACGAGGUUCGAGAGUUCGACCGACGGAGGAAAAACUGCUGAUGAAAGUACAGAAUACUCAGAAACAAUCGUAGAAACCAACGCGCCCGGCGAGAAAUGCAUCAAAAAGAAAAAAGUGAAAAAAACAAGGAAGGAAGAAAAAGAGAACAUUUCUGUUACCCAAAAUGGGGGCAGCCUGGAUGGGGAAAAGUUUUACAACGUUAAUGUGAAAAACUUGUGUAGAUCCUUUGGCGAUUUAACAAAAUUAGAGAGGUAUAGAAAUAACAGAAAGAAUAGUGACAGAAUGCGUACUAAAUCACUGACCGACAUGGUAACCCAUCCUAACCAAAAAAAUAUUAUCGAUAACGUUUUUACUGGAGUGUCGGUGCGUACUUUGAAAGAAAAGUUUAACACAGAUGGAGGGACUAACUUAAUUAACUGUCGGUUCAAAGAUCCAAAAGUGAAAUCGAGUUUCUCCAAGUUCGACGCCCUUCAGAAGAAGAACGUCCUCCACGUCCGCUCCUCCGACUCCACCAAAGCUCAAGAGAAAUUCAAUGGCUCCCAAAUCGAAAUGUCUACCAACUGUAAAGUCUGCGGCAAGCAAGUCUUCCAAAUGGAACAAAUCAAAGCGGAAAGAUCGGUCUACCAUAAAAACUGCUUCAGGUGCUCCGAGUGUAGCAAACAGCUGACGGUGGACACGUACGAAAGCAACGAUGGCUCCCUGUACUGCAAACCCCACUUUAAAGCUCUGUUUGCUCCCAAGGCAGUAGAAGAAGAACCCUCUCAAAAACCUCGAAGACCCGAACUAAUAAUACGUGAAAGUCAACCGGUAGAAUUACCUCCUGACGUAGUUAGAGCAAGUGAUAAACCUGAUUUGGGUCUGGAAGAGCUGCAAACACUCAACGUCAAGGAGCGAUUCCAAGUGUUCGAGCAGUUUCAGAGCCAUCAGAGUGAAACUAGCGAGCUGGAGAGAGCGCAAAAUGUCAAGAGGUCUCCCAGUAUUUUGUCCAAGUUGGCCAAGUUCCAAAAACAUGGCAUGGACAUCGGUGUAUCCAACGAAGCUUUGGACGGCAUCCCAAUCGAAGAGUCCGAAUCAGAAGAGGAGGAAGAGGAAGAGAUUCCCGAGGGCGAGGAUCCUGAUUUAGUGAGAGCCAAAAGGGUUCAAAAAGAGAAACCCUUCCAUUUCACCGGCAUGUCCGACGUGAAAAAGCGAUGGGAGCAAGGAGACCACGCCAGGGAAGAAAGGAGAGAAGAGACUAAACAAGAAAUUCAGAAUAUUAGGACCAAAUUGUUUAUGGGUAAGCAAGAAAAGAUGAAGGAAGCUUACCAGCAAGCGGUAAUGGAAAGCGAAUCCAGCACCAACGUGAGGAAGAACAUAACCGACAAAAUUGAGGCCUGUGAUACCAAAUCCCUUAAAGAACGUUUUGAGAAGGGUGAAGUUGUCAAUGAAAAAACCGGAAAAGAACGAAACGAGGAAGAGGAAGUCUUCGAAAGCGAAAUCAGCAAGAAAUCUAGAUCGUUGUUCCUGGAAUUGGACGCUAGCGCCUCCAAGCCUCCCCAACUCUCCCCGGUGACUCCCCCAAAACUGGAAGUGAAAAAAGCCAGAGAGGCCUACAUAGAAAAAACCUCGAAAGAAGAUACGGUAAAAUCCACGCAAUUGGUCGAAGAGGUGGAGGUUAAAACCGCCGAUAUUCAGGAGCGAUUUAAAUUCUUCGAAACCUAUAAGGAGCCGGAGAAGCAAAAGAAACAAUUCAGAAUAACCCCGCCCAGGGAUCCUUCUCAAGUUAAGACUGAAACGCCCGAACGUGAAAUUUAUCGGGAUCCGGACGUGAUUAGGUCCGAGGAGUACGUGGACGAUUCGAAAAUCGCCAAGGAGACCCAUACGGCAUCGAAAAUGCUGAAUAAGUUCAGGCAAAUGGAGGAAAACGGUACCAGGGAGCCAGAAAUUCAAGGUCCCAAACCACUAAAAUGCUUCACCCCACCACCAGAACCCGCACGACCUGAAUCGAAAAGUGAGGAGGAAGAAUCUUCCGAAUACGAAGAAGAAGAGGAGGAGGAGGAAGAGGUCGACACCACCGGAAAAUUGCCCGAGGAUAUCAUUGAGGCUCAAAAAGCGGCCAGAGCAAAACAAUUACGUGCGAAAUUCGAGAGGUGGGAGGCGAACGAGAUCAAAAAGGAACAACAGAACGUGAAUAUCGUCGAGGAGUUUGGCGAGGAACAGUCUCAAAUCGAAUCUACCAGAGUAUUGAGAGCCAGAUUCGAGCAAAUGAGGGAAGUGAGCACCGAAUCGUCAAAGUCGCCGCGAGUGAAGCCAAAUCGUUUUGUGGAAAUUUCGACAACAAUAACGGAAACCUGCCAGAGUUGCCACGAGAAAGUUUACCCAUUGGAAAAGAUCUCUAUUCACGGCAAUAUUUACCAUAAGGGUUGCUUUAAGUGUAUGGAAUGUUCCUGUGUACUGAGAAUGGACUCUUACUCGUACAACCAAGGGCUGCUGUACUGCACCCCCCACUUUAAAAGGCUCUUCAUCUCGAAGGGAAACUACGACUCCGCCUUCGGAUUGGAUCAGCAUAAAGAAAAAUGGCAGAACGGCACCACAGUGGCGUAGAGAAAUUUUAUUUUACGAAAGAAAUUACUGUAAAUGUGAUAUGUAAGCCCCCGGACAAUUGCCUUUCGAGUUUUAAAUAAAUAAUUCGUUGUAGACAUUUUUAUUCGUGCAAAACGAUUAUAAAGUUGCAUCGUUUGGAAUAUUGUUGGGGUUAGGGAUCAAUAAAAUAAAAGUUUAAGCCUAUUUAAAUUUGUCGACGUUUCGCAAAAAUAUAUUUGCAUCUUCAGGGCGAAUUCAAUAUGUUGGACUUAACUCAAGAAAACUAAUUAAAAUGAACAUUUGGGUCAUUCUCAUUUAAAGUCGUCAAACCAAUAGUGAAAAUCGUUCAUUACAAAAUAUUUAAUAUUAUGCAAAAAAACAAACAAAUCAUUUUCUAAUCAUGUUUUAUAACACAAUUUGGCAAAAGCAGUGCAAAUUUUUUUUUAUUUUACCCAUUUUUGAGUGAUUCUGCUUACUGAAAUUUGUCAGGUUCGUCACUAUUUCUUAAAAGUCAGAAAAUUAGCCUUAGACCCAGGUUAAGAAUUCUUUUUAAAACAUUAAUUAUUGCAAGAAGCCGAUGGGUAAUUUAUUUUUUUUUAGUUUCUAUUUUUAAAAAGCAAUACCAUAUUUUAUGUGUUUUUCUAAAUAGUGACGAACCUGACACUGAUGUAACAAACCUGACAAUGAUGCUAAAAAUUGAUAGAAAACAAACACAUUUAAAUAAUAUUUGUUUUUUUUUAUUAAAUGGCUCCAAUUACAAAAACGUUUAACCAAAAAUGUAAAUUCUAAAUUUAACCAAACAUAACAAAAUAAACUCUAAAUUUUAAGUAACUCAUAACAAAUAAUAAAAUAUUUAGGUGAAAUUAGUUGAUGCCUUCCCCAUUUUCAAGCCAAAACGGCGUUUUAAACUGUAAAAUUCGUUUAGUUGCAUUAGUAGGUGCUUCAAUAGAACCCACUAUAUCUUCAAAUUUAUACCAGAUCUUGUCUUCCUUGAUUGGCCAAAUGUAUUUAUUGACUCCUACAGAAUGCAGAACUUUAACUUCACAGGAUUUAUCGUUAUUUGUAUCAGUAACAACGCCCGGAUAUAUCACAUUGUUAUAUUUAACAAGCAGCCAUUGAUCAAUUUUUACAUUUUCAAAGGUCACAGGUAAAAAUUGUUGUUGUUGAAGCUGUUGUUGAGGAGUGGUAUCUUCUGGGUUAUCGUCUGAAUCUACAGUUUCACAGUCUUGAUAAUACAUCCGUUGCAAUGAAUGACAAUCACAUGUUGUAGGCAAUUUCUUGCAAAAACACGAUAAUUCGCGUCCAUAUAAAUCGGACUCAGAAUCUUUCAAAAUAAUUUGACCUACUUUCAUAAUGCCUUUAGUCAUUUUGUAACGAUUAUUUAUUUCUUUUUGGGAAUCAAAGUUAAUGACAUCUUCUAAAUCGAUCCAAUAAAGUUUCACAUUUACUUUUCCUUGAAGAAUCCUAAAUAACGCUUCUGCAUCUGGAAUGUCAUUCCCUUUACAGACAAGUCCAUCAGCUACUCUUUUGACUGCAGCCCCAACACCAUCCGGAGCACCCUUACCAUGCGAAGCCUCUGAAAAGUUCCAUGAAGCAUUUGAAAAUCCAUAAUCUCUAAAAUAUGUAUUCAAAUAAAAAAAAUUGUCCUUGUGGCGGUAUUGUGAUGUUGGGCCAUCACUAAAGAAGUUAACAGUUUGCACACCAUUUUGUUUUAGUUCUUCUAAAACAGGACGUAAGUGGGCCCAAAUAGCAGGAGGGUUAUGCCGAGUACAGGAAGAAAUGGUACAUAUACUUUCAGGAGGUUUAUUGUCAUAGUAAACUACAACGGUAUGGAGACUGGCCUGGUUGUGUGAGGAACCGAAAUGCAUUGCCUGUAUUUCUGAACUCAUUUUGCAUGAGUAAUUUUCAGAAAAAUCUAUAUGUACAGCAGCCUCUUCAUAAGUUAGUUCAGAAAUACAUUUUUGCCUUUGACUGGCUUGAUGAUUUUUUUUAAAGACAUGCCAACAGAACAUUGUUUUUAGUUCUGCAUUAAAAUUUGUGCAUAGGUUCUUUAGCAUUCCAGAUUCACGGAUAAGCUUUGUUUUAUUAACAAAAAAUGUUUUGCCUGAUUUGCUUCUUUCCUCUUUUUCAAGUUUCCAAAAGUUCCAAUUAACUAAUUUAUUUGGAUCUUUAAUAUCCGCGAGGAUUAUAGCGGCCUGAUCUUGGCAUUUUGGGCAGAUAUUUUUCAUGCAAUCUUUUGAUUUUACAUCACACGUAACCAGCUUACAUACGUUUUCGAUGUUGCGUUCUGUGCAUAUUUUUUCUUUUACUAAAGUAUCCAGUUUAUGCUGUAUAUUGGAAUGUUUUUUGCACAAGCAAGAAUUUCUAUCGGAAAGUUUUGGUUUCACAACCCAACAAGGUUUAUGCCUGCAAAAUGUCGCAAAACUAAUUUUACUACAAGCAAACUCUUUGCAAAACUUUUCAUAAAGAUUUUUAAGGGUUUCCUUUAGCAAUCUUUUCUGAUAUUUGAUCUUGCCUCGUGUUACUGUUUGUUUUUUUUCCCGGUGUUAACGUAGUUAUGUCAUCUCUGUUAAAAAAGUCUCGUAUUUUUUUAUGAAGUGGAUGUAAAGUAAGUCGACAUCUUCCUUUCCCUUUUGACAUUGUAGUUGAAGAAUGACAUUGGAGUACCUUUUUAGUUCUUGUUAAAAAUUUAUAUUUUUUGACAAUGGUUCCACUAGUGGCUCUAGAAAUAAUUUGCUUUUCUUUUUCGUUGUUUGUUUUUGAGUAAUUGUCUUUUAUUUGUGCAACUAGUGCAUUAUGAAAAACUAGAGUUUUUUUUACAGUUUUAGGAACAUUAUAUCCUUUGGUAUCUUGGAUGGCUUUACUGUAAGGACUAGCUGUUUCACUUUUCUGACUCCCUGCCACAACAUUCUUUUUCUGGUAUCGCUGGCAACGUUUCUUAUACUUCCGUAAAGACUGCUUUGUUUUUUCCAAGUCCUUUUCCAAACGCUUGAUUUUCCUGUAUGCAGCAGUUCUGUCCUUGCGAAGUCUCUUUCUUCCAGAAGACCUGUUAGCCUCUAAGUAAGAUUGAUUUCUUGGAGGUUCAUUUACUAUUCCAACAUCUUCCAUAGGAAUAUGAUCGGGCAGGGGUAUCGGACUUCCCGGUGGAGUAUUUUGCUGAAGAAAUUGGUCCUGUUCACGUUCAUGUUUUUUUAUCUGCCGACUUUUCUGUUGGUACAAUCUCCAUUUUUUUCUUUGGUAACGCUGCUCCCUAUCGGAAAGUUCUUCUAUAGACUUUUUGGACUUCUUUGCCCUCUUUCGGCUUUUUUCCAAAUAUUCUUGUCUUUUUUCGGGGUUUUCUUUCAGUUUUUCUCUAUAACGCCUUGCACGUUCAGCCGGUGUUAACGGCAUUGCUGAAAAUAAUGUCUACUUUACUACUUUUAACGUCAGGUUCGUCACGAACUUGUCAGCUGCGUUACGAAAGAAUAGUAACGCAGCUGACCGUGACGAACCUGACAUUUUAUUAAAAAUAAGACUAUUUGACUAUGACCGGCGACCGGUAUUUUAUUGUAAACAUAACCUAACUUUUAGUUUGCUUUGGUUAACAAAACACAAUAAUUAGUUUUAAGAAAAUAUAAAGAAAUUUAAAGUUAUUUGCGUGACGUAACUGACAAGCAAUAAACAUACUCACCUUAAAGUCACAAGAAAACACUUUUUUAAACACAGUAUUUAACUAAAAAAACACUUUCUUUACACUGCGUAGCGACACUAUGGUUUCAUUUAGCAAGCAGGUGGUUAACUGGAAAUAGUAAAUUGGUCCAUAUAAGAAUUUUACGCUUUCUUAAUAGUAGUGACGAACCUGACAUAUUUUUUAGAGACAAUACUUUGAAAGAAUUUAAUAAAUACGAAAAGCAAAGACGUGUUUCCUAUAGGCGAAAAGUUAAAAAUUAAAUCAAUAUUUUUUAGUUAUCUAAGAAAAGCCUAAGUAAAAAACAAUUCCUUAACGAAAAAUCAUGAUAGUAUGAAAGCAACUAAGAAAGAGACCGUGACGAACCUUGACAUUUUGUGACUUUAAAAUGAAAUAAAAUUACAUUGAUAAAAUCAAGAUAUAUUAUUUCCUAAACAUGUGAUUAAUCCGUGUUUAGUUUUUAUUUUAAAACAUCUAACCGACACUAACAAACAAAACCUGAAGAAAAAAGUCUUGAAGACAUCAAAUAUCAAAGUUAAAUGAGAAUGACCCAUUUAUACUGAAAGCUUUUUCUAGGUACGUGACAUUAGACAAUACAUGAAUAUAUACAAUACUCUGAAAACAAAAGUGAAGAAAUAGUCCAAUAGCAAAUACUUGCAAUGGAGUCCGCCCACGCCGGAAUUCGCCCUGAAGAUGCAAAUAUAUUUUUGCGAAACGUCGGCAAAUUUAAAUGGGCUUGGACUUUUAUUUAUUGAUCCCUAAACCCAACAAUAUUUCAAACGAUACCGAUUUGGAUCAUUUAAUUAAAAAAAAAGUUGCAUAUUUUAGUAUUUUUUUAAGGAAUAAAGCCAAGUGUUUUGUGACGCGGUAAUUGAGGUUA